UUAAGAACAUUUUAUUUUUUUUGUUUAUGUUAUAAUAAUGUAAAUAAUGAUGUUUUAUACGCCGUUGGAUAAGGAUGCUUUGCGUUCCGGUGGAUGUUAUAUGUAAUUUGUUAAUUAGAGCCAAAAAUUAGAGCCGGUUGGACAAAAUUUGGUUCUAAUGGCAACUUUCUAGUAGUAACAACCAUUGAGGUUGUUGCUUUGAAUCAAUGAGGAAAUAAUUUGUCUGUAUUAUUUGGCAAAUAUAGACGAUAUUUAAAUGAAUAAGGAUAAAAAAAAAUCUAUUCAAGAUCAUACAAUUUUAUAUCUAAGUACAUUGUGUGUACAAAUUAUGAGAGAUAAAUACAUAUGUUAAAAGUUUAAUGUACUUUGCGUUUAAAAGACGCACAUUGUAACAUAUUAUUAUUACUUAAAGCAAACGAUGUGUAUAGAUUAUGAGCAGUAUGAAUUACGAUACAAUUCGUAGAUUGUUUACAUCAAAAUAUUUUAAAAAUUAAGUUAUAAUUGUCUUCGAGUGAAAAAAUAAUAUAUUAUAAGACCUUAAAACUUGUAGAAGUGUUAAUACAUUUAUAUGUGUAUCUAUUUUCAAAAUUAAUCUUUAUGACCUAUUAUUGUGCCCAACCCUUAAUUUGGAAAAACUGGUAUGUAAAAAAUCUGAAUAACUGGUAUCAUCCGAGAAGAUCCUCAUUAUUUAAAAAAAUAAAGUUUUUAUUCAUUUAGUUUAAGAUUUCAGAGGCAAACAAAUAUAUUUAAAGAAACAACAAGCGAUAACCAACUGAUGUGCUUUGAAGUUAGUUUAAUUCUGUUUAUAUGCUUCUUCAUAUCAAAAUGAAUCCCUGCACUUUGCCCACUCCUGUUCCCGACCUAGACGGAGACCAAAGAUGGUAUAGUAUUCAUCGUAGGUUUAUAUCCGAUUGUCGCGAAAAGGACCCAGACGUUAUAUUUCUUGGCGACUGCAUUUUUGAAGCUCUACAGGGUAGUGAAACAUGGAAUAAAUACUUUGCACCACUGCACUGCCUUAACUUUAGCAUUCGCGACGACUGCACCGAACAUAUUCUUUGGAGAAUCGAUAACGGCGUUUUAGAUAAUGUCAACCCUAAAAUUGUUGUCCUGCAUGUUGGUACAAAUAAUAUUAAGAAUAGUGCCAGUGAGGUAGCAGAGGGAGUUUUGGAGAACGUUUCAAAAAUCCGUGAAAAGCUUCCUAACGCAUAUAUUCUUUUACCGAUAAUUUUAUGUUCUUUGUAUUUUCAGUCUCUCUUACCCAGAGGGCAACAGCCGAACAAAUUGCGCGAGAAAAAUUUAUGUAUCAACAAGUUGGUCAUGGAGAUGACGAAAGGCUUAAAUCGUGUCCAGACUGUUUCUAUUGACAAGGGCUUAGUACAAAGUGACGGUUCUAUUAGUCAUCACGAUAUGUUUGACUAUAAAAAUCUCACAAAUACUGGUGCCAACAAAAUUCUUGAGCCUCUCUAUGAUCUGCUUUCGCAAAUUCUUUACGAAAAUGAGCCAGACCUAUAUCUAUCUCAAUCUGACUAACUAAAACAAGUCAAUUAAUAAUUUUUUUUUGAGGUUACAUUUAAUUAUUUUUGGUAAAAAAAUCUAGAAAUACCAAUGAAUUUAUAAAUACAAAAAUUUCGAAAUAAAUAUAAUAUAUUUACAAAUGUACAUAAAAUUAAAAUAUCGCAAUAAUUUAUAUUAUCUUUUAUGUAUUGAUUGCAUAUACAAUGUAUGUUUUCAUUAAGUAACAGUUCAGCUCAGUGUGUAAAUUUUGGAUGCUUUUCCACGAUUUUUUAAAAAGUAAAAUGUCAUAAACUAUUACACAAUUACUAUAUAUAAAAAAAAUUUGUAAUAAAUGUAUUAUUUAUAAUUUAAAUAAGAUACAUUUUUAAGUCACUGUGAACGGUAGUCCACGAGGUGACAAACCUUAACUUGCGUGAGGGGACACUGUGUGUGUUUAAUCUUAUUGAAAGAAGACCCUUUUAAUCACAUUUUACUCCCAAAUACACGGCGAUUGAUAUCUCAACUACCCUGACAUUUCAGCAGUUAUUUAAAAAAUUCGAUUUCCUCUUUCUUAAGGGGUUAGGUGGGUCUGGGAGGCCAAAAAAUGGCCUAUUUUCAAAAAUUUUUUAUUUAUAUAAAGAAUGAAAUAUUUUAUUGGAACUUUUAGGAUUAUUAAAUAUACAUAUUUAAAGAUGAAUUUCUGAAAUUUUGAGAAAAAAAUAUUUUACAGUUAGUUGAGACGUCAUUUGCCAUGACUCCUGGCAAAAAAAGUGCUUUCGCGUUGACAGCACAAUUCCUAACAGAAUCAUCUAAAAUGAAAAAACCAAAUAUUUUCCUUUAGUACAGACCUAAAACUAGAAGCUGAACGAAGGAAAACAAAAUCAAGCAAAAAUUGUAUUUUUGGGACACCUUUUUGCAAAAAAAUUCAAAUUUUGGUGAAAUUUUUCGAACAUUUUUUUUUUUAAAUAGUUGUAAUCAACGAAAAUAAAAAUCCUUCGUUCAAGUUAUAGAUAAUCGUAUCUCGAAGGCCUGUGCAAAAUUUUAUCAAGAUCGGUUGAGUAGUUUCCGAGAAAUCUUGACAACCGAUUUCAAAAACACAGUUUUAAGAAAAACGCGUUUAAAGUUUGCGCUCUGCCUAUAGCUGACCUUGAGCGUCCACCUUUUCAGGACUGUAUAUCCGAAACAUUUAUUCCAAAUUUGGGAGAAUAUUCUCAAGAUUCUGGAGAAUUUUAUAAAAAAAAUAAAAAAAAACGAUUUUUUUUUUGCCGCCAGACCCACCUAACCCCUUAAUGAAAUCUAGUUUGCUCAUCGGGUAGUCAGCAAAGCUAAAAAAUUCACUCGCUUUUUUGUAAGAAAACUAAUGACGGUUUUGUAUUAACAUCUUUAUACCCUUGCAGAGGGUAUUAUAAUUUUGGUAAAAAGUGUGCAACGCAGUGAGGGAGACUUCUCCGACCCUAUAAAGUAAUAUAUAUUCUUGAUCAGGAUCACCUCCUGAGUCGAUAUGAGCAUGUCAGUCUGUUUCUGCGCCAACUAGUCUCAGUUUUAAAGCUAUCGAGUUGAAACUUUGCACACAUCCUUCUUUUGUUUGCUUGCAGUAUAUAAGUCGGAACGGCGGGGAUCGGUCGACUAUAUCCUAUAACUGUCUAAUAACUGAUUAAUUGAAAAUGCCAAACCUUUGGUGUUUUUAAGCCGGGUGCUAGACUUUCCACGGAUUUCAUUUUAAUUCGAACUUCCAAAUUUCAUAAAGAUCGGCCGGCUGUAUCCUAUAUCUACCAUCAAACUAAAAAAUCGGAAAUGACGUAAGCUUGGUUUUUUAAAGAUGCUUGGGGCUGUUUUCAACAUUUGCGUUAGAAAAUUGAAUGGAUGCUUCAAUUUUCAUAAGGAUCGGCCAACUAUAUACCAUUUGAUAUAUAUCAUAUAAUAAGCUGUUACCCGUUAACUGCAGGGUAUAUAAACAUUGGCUCCGCCUGAAGUUAGCUUUCCUAUCUUGUUUUAAAUACCUUAAGUUUACGUUAAAUUAAAUUGAAAAAACGUUAUAAAUUGUAAUUCAUAACGAAUUAAGCUAUCCAUUGUUAUUGAAGCUAUAUUUUGGUAAAUCUUUUUCACUUUCUUUAACACUGGAAACAAACUUUUUUCAACAAAAAAUUUUUGUCAAAAUUGGCUUUAAUGAUUUUGUUUAUGAUGCCUUUGGAGAUAACCCUUGCGUUGACGCAACUUUUGAUAUAUCACAUCUGGGAUAAUCUUCUAACUAAAGAUAUAGUCAUAUAAGUGGACUAAUCGUUUUAUGCUGCCGCUUGUGCAUGUUAACUGAAGUUAACCGCGCAACGGCAAUGUCCGAUUACUUAAGAGCUCGCUCUGGCCAAAUUGCUCACGCAGCGUCUGGCCGGAUGCCCAUUUUGUUAGCUUUAAGUUUCAGUUUAUAUUUGAGCUUCAUACAAUAAAGAAGUCUUUCAUUAAUACUCUGGCACAGCCGUAAAAGUCAAUUCAUUUGUCAAAUUGAUUACCAAGCCUUAAGCCUUCCACCAUAACUUCCCGCAAGAAGGAAGAACCCACCAGGCAACCGCCAGGGAUAACAUUCAUUACCCGCAUCUGAAGACAUCGUCAUCAGCAAAGGACCAACAACUUCACUACAAACUAACUUAAUUUAACUGGCGCCCAACGUAAAAGUCAUGUAAGUGAGCACUUUCGCCCAUAAACCCUUUACGUCUGCCCAAUUAGAUUAAAAACAAAAAAAAAAAUUAUUAAAAAAAAUAUGACAAAAAUAGUGAAAUUUUGUUCCUUGCACUGACAGCAAACAAACUGCAGCCCCUCUAACUUUUUAACAUUAAUUAAUUUCCAUUAAUUGGCUGACGGUUUAGCAAUAGCACAUUGUAUUUUUAUAUUAGGUUGUCAAAAAAAACUAGCGGUAUUUUUAUUGAAUUUUCAAUUGUUCAUAAAAUUGGUUUCAAUAAUGCGAUUCAAGUCAAAUAUGCGCCGUUUUGUUCGAUGACGCGUUCCCAACGAGAUGCCAACUUCAUAAUGCCCCUCUCAUAGAAGCUCGCUUCCUUAUUUCCAAAAAACUCGGAAAGCCAAUUUUCACAGGACUCUCUUGUGGCCAACUUCAGACUACCAAGCGCGGUCGCCAUGGACAGAAACAGGUGGUAAUCUCUUGGUGCUCGAUCCGGACUAUACGGUGAAUGCAAAAGAACCUCCCAUCCGAGCUCCCGGAGCUUCUGGCGUUGUCCUGGUGGAAGACAAUUAGGCCUCUGUUGAUCAAAGAUGGCCUCUUCUGCAUGAGUGCUGUCUUCAAGCGGUCCAGUUGUUGGCAGUACAGGUGCAAAUUGAGCGUUUGGUCAUAGGGGAGCAGCUCAUAGUGGAUUAUUCCCUGCCAUUCCCACCAAACACACAGAAGAAGCUUCCUGGCCGUCAAUCCAGGCUUGGCCACCGUUUGGGCCGCUUCACCGCUUUUCGACCACGACCGUUUGCGCCUUACGUUAUCGUAAGUGACCCACUUUUCAUCGCCAGUCACCAUACUCUUCAAAAACGGGUCGAUUUUGUUGCGAUUUAGAAGCGAUUCGCAUGCGUCGAUACGGUCAAAGAUGUUUUUUUGCGUCAAUUAGUGUUGCACCCAUACAUCGAGCUUCUUAGUGACUCUAAGCUUCUUCAAAUGGUUUUUAAUGGUUUGAUGACUCGUGCCCAGCUCUUGACCGAUACUACGGCUGCUACUAUGCCGGUCUCUUUCGACCAAUUCAGCGAUUUUUUCCCAAUUUUCGACGACAGGCCUUCCGGAGCGUGGCGCAUCUUCGACCAGCUCUACACCAGAACAAAAACGUUGAAACCAUCGUUGUGCGGUGGAAAUGGAAACUGUAUCGGGUCCAUUUCCCGAUACACGUGUUAGCGCGUGAAAUGAGCUUUCCAAAAAGGUACAGUAUGACCUGAUGCGACGAAUAAAACAAGAACUAUAAAGUAAUAUAUAUUCUUGAUCAGGAUCACCUCCUGAGUCGAUAUGAGCAUGUCAGUCUGUUUCUGCGCCAACUAGUCUCAGUUUUAAAGCUAUCGAGUUGAAACUUUGCACACAUCCUUCUUUUGUUUGCUUGCAGUAUAUAAGUCGGAACGGCGGGGAUCGGUCGACUAUAUCCUAUAACUGUCUAAUAACUGAUUAAUUGAAAAUGCCAAACCUUUGGUGUUUUUAAGCCGGGUGCUAGACUUUCCACGGAUUUCAUUUUAAUUCGAACUUCCAAAUUUCAUAAAGAUCGGCCGGCUGUAUCCUAUAUCUACCAUCAAACUAAAAAAUCGGAAAUGACGUAAGCUUGGUUUUUUAAAGAUGCUUGGGGCUGUUUUCAACAUUUGCGUUAGAAAAUUGAAUGGAUGCUUCAAUUUUCAUAAGGAUCGGCCAACUAUAUACCAUUUGAUAUAUAUCAUAUAAUAAGCUGUUACCCGUUAACUGCAGGGUAUAUAAACAUUGGCUCCGCCUGAAGUUAGCUUUCCUAUCUUGUUUUAAAUACCUUAAGUUUACGUUAAAUUAAAUUGAAAAAACGUUAUAAAUUGUAAUUCAUAACGAAUUAAGCUAUCCAUUGUUAUUGAAGCUAUAUUUUGGUAAAUCUUUUUCACUUUCUUUAACACUGGAAACAAACUUUUUUCAACAAAAAAUUUUUGUCAAAAUUGGCUUUAAUGAUUUUGUUUAUGAUGCCUUUGGAGAUAACCCUUGCGUUGACGCAACUUUUGAUAUAUCACAUCUGGGAUAAUCUUCUAACUAAAGAUAUAGUCAUAUAAGUGGACUAAUCGUUUUAUGCUGCCGCUUGUGCAUGUUAACUGAAGUUAACCGCGCAACGGCAAUGUCCGAUUACUUAAGAGCUCGCUCUGGCCAAAUUGCUCACGCAGCGUCUGGCCGGAUGCCCAUUUUGUUAGCUUUAAGUUUCAGUUUAUAUUUGAGCUUCAUACAAUAAAGAAGUCUUUCAUUAAUA